AUGGCGUCGAGCAGCGAAGCCGCCACGGCACCCGCCGCCUGCUCCUCCUCGGCGAGGCGAGGAACCUUUGUCGUGCUCGAGGGCCUCGACCGCAGCGGCAAGUCGACGCAGGUCAAGCUUCUCGAGGAGCGCUUCGUCUCCGAGGGCCGGCCGGUCAAGGUGAUGCGGUUUCCCGGUCAGUCCCUUCCUCUCCGUUCCCGGGCUCGGCGGCGGUCGGCAUCGCGGAGGGACCCUUGCUCACACGGACGGCCGCGCGCUGCAGACAGGACGACGCCGAUCGGCCAGAUGAUCGACUCGUACCUCCGGAGCGCCGUCAAGAUGGACGACCACGUCAUCCACCUACUCUUCAGCGCCAACCGCUGGGAGGCAGCGGCCGACAUACACGCGCUCCUCGCCUCCGGCACCUCGGUCGUCUGCGACCGCUUCUACCACUCGGGCAUCGUCUACUCGGCGGCGAAGCAGAAUCCCUCGCUCUCGCUCUCGUGGGCGCGCGCCCCCGAGCAGGGCCUCCCGCGGCCCGACGCCGUGCUCUUCCUCGACCUCGACGAGCAGACGGCCAAGACCCGCGGCGGCUGGGGCGGCGAGGUGUACGAAAAGGCCGAGAUGCAGAAGCGCGUCAAGGAGCUGUUCUGGGAGCUGAGCAUGGGCGGCACCGACCGACACAGGGGGCCGCUGGCCCAGACGCUCGAGGACACGUCGGACCGCGGCACCAAGAGGCUGUGGAGGCAGGAGGAGGAGGACCUGAUUGUCAUCGACGCAGCCGCCGGCGUCGAGGACGUGGCGGCGCAGAUUUGGGCUCACGUUCGGGCUCGAGUCAAGCAGGUGGACGAUGGAGAGGUGGGACGAAGCGUCAGGAUAGUGGAGUGA